AGGGCUCCGGGGGUAGCGGACGAUCCCGCGGCGCCCCGAGGAGUCGAUCGAUUAACGCGCGAACUCCUGCACGAGCCACGGAGCCCCGGCCGCGGCGCCCACGGCUCCGGACGGACAAACGGCGACGACGAACUCGACGAUGUCGCUGCUCCCGGCCCUCGCGCUCCUCCUCCUGCUUCGCACACGCGUGUGCGGGGCCCGCGACCCCGCGAGGCCCAACUUCGUCAUCAUCAUGGCCGACGACCUGGGCAUCGGGGACCUCGGCUGCUACGGGAACAGCACGCUCAGGACGCCCAGCAUCGACCGCCUGGCCCGCGAGGGCGUGAAGCUGACCCAGCACCUGGCGGCCGCGCCCCUGUGCACGCCCAGCCGCGCGUCCUUCCUCACGGGGCGCUACGCCGUGCGCUCGGGCAUGGCCUCGCACAACCUCUGCGGCGUGUUCCUGUUCGCGGCGUCCUCGGGCGGGCUGCCCCCCAGCGAGGUCACCUUCGCACGGCGGCUGCAGGAGCGCGGAUACCGCACGGGGCUGGUCGGGAAGUGGCACCUGGGCGUGAGCUGCCGCCACCGGGACGACUUCUGCCACCACCCGCAGCGCCACGGGUUUGAGUCCUUCCACGGCUUCCCGCUGACCAACCUGCGCGACUGCAUCCCGGGCUCGGGCUCUGUGUUCGAUUCCGCCGCGCACUGGGUGGUGCGUGUGCCCGUGCAGGUGCUGCUUGUGUGUGCGCUCACACUUGCGCUGCUGCGCCGCCUGGGGCUGGCGCGUGUGCCCGUGGCGGUGGUGGUGGCACCCGUGCUGCUUGCGGUUGCCGUGGCCGGCGGCUUCUUCGCCUUCUUGCACUAUUUCCGCCCUGCGAACUGCGUCCUCAUGACUGGGUUCGAGGUGGCACAGCGGCCGGCGUCCUACGAGGAGCUCACUCAGAGGCUCACGCGGGAGGCCGUGGGCUUCCUGGAGAGACACGCGCACGCGCCCUUCCUGCUCUUCCUCUCCUUCCUCCACGUCCACACUGCGCACUUCGCAGCCCCAAAAUUUGCCGGACGCAGCCGCCACGGGGUCUAUGGGGACGCAGUAGAGGAGCUGGACUGGAGUGUGGGGCAGAUCCUGGACGCGCUCGACCGCCUGGGCCUGGUGAACGACACGCUCGUCUACUUCACGUCUGACCACGGCGCCCACGUGGAGGAAGUGAGCGAGGAGGGCGAGGUGCACGGCGGCAGCAACGGGAUCUACAAAGGUGGCAAGGCCAACAACUGGGAGGGCGGCAUCCGCGUGCCCGGCGUCAUCCGCUUCCCGCGGGAGCUCGGCCGCGGCAUGGAGCUGGCGGAGCCCACGAGCCACAUGGACGUCUUCCCCACGGUGCUGGCGCUGGCGGGGGCGGAGCUUCCUGCUGACAGGAUCAUCGACGGCCGGGACCUGAUGCCGCUGCUGCGGGGGACACGCGUGCGGUCGGAGCACGAGUUCCUCUUCCACUACUGCAACGCCUACCUCAACGCCGUGCGCUGGCGGCCACGGGACGGCUCCGCCCUCUGGAAAGUCUUCUACUUCACACCCAACUUCGACCCGGGCGCCAACGGCUGCUUCUCCUCGCACCUGUGCUUCUGCUUCGGCAAACACAUCACGCGCCAUGACCCCCCACUGCUCUUCGACCUCACACGUGACCCCGGCGAACGCCGCCCCCUGACCCCGGAAUCCGAGCCGCGAUACCAUGCGGUCCUGGCGGCCGUGGGGGAGGCGGUGGCCGCGCACACACGCACGCUCGACCCCGCGGUACCCCAGCAGCUGUCGCUCGGCAACCUGGUGUGGAAGCCGUGGCUGCAGCUGUGAUGUCACGUGACACAUGCGUGACCCCUGUGUAACUCCAGCAAUAUCUGUCUCCGGGAUCACGUGACAAUCACGAACCCCCCCCCAGCACACGUGAACACAAAUGAAGGAUGCGGGCCUUGCACACCCGCCACACAUGAAGGACUCACACUCGCUGCCAAGCGCAAAGACACACGCUUGUGAAAACCCCAUGCAUGUGAACCCCGCUGUUCGGCUCGUGAUACACGCAUGUGCUACAGUCUUGACGCAGGUCUGACACACGCGUGUGAGCCCUAUGUGCACAUCCCGGCCAGUUCCAAUCAGUGUUUCCGUGAAGAUGGCGUGGAAUCCAGCGCCGCCCGACACACGUGUGCGGGCGCCAGGACACACGCAAAAUCCGCACUUUAUCAUUAUUUUAUUUUAUUUUCCUCUCAUGUUGACCCCACGUGGGACCUGGAAGAAAUGAACCCGCGAGUCCCAUCCGGCGUCCAUGGUAAAGGAAAUUUUUAACACAUGUGAAACACGCAAUCUCGUAUUUAAUCUCCCCCCAUCCACUGCGUCCACACAACACUGGAAUAA